CUCAAGAUCGAUGGCGAACAGGGUGCGAAUCUUUGGCUUCCUCACAAGAACACAAGAUCUGACGACGAGGCCGAUUUCGCGGCAAUUUAUCCGGCUACAAAGCGUGAAGGUUUCUGGCCAUCCGAAAAUUUGCACACGACACUUGGCCUCGACCACUUCUCGAUCAAAGACAGCCUCAAGAUCUAUCAAGAUGGUCAACCCAGACGAAUAUAUUCUGACAAUCUCUUGUCCAGAUAGGGCAGGCAUCGUCCAUGCGGUGACAGGUUUCUUAGCUCAGCACAACCUCAAUAUCGUCGACUCACAGCAAUUUGGAGAUCCCACAUCCAAAAAAUUCUUUAUGCGGGUACACUUCGCUCCAGUCGAUAAUGCAUCCAAUGGCAUCAAUGUUGAGCAAUUACGAACCUCAUUCGAAGACAUUGCUAAGCCGAUGGCAAUGGACUUUGACUUGUCUUCAACUUCUCAAAAGCCACGAGUUCUCAUCAUGGUUUCGAAGAUCGGUCAUUGUUUGAACGACCUGCUUUUCCGCCAAUCCAUUUCUCAGCUUAACAUUGAAAUUCCUCUCAUCAUCUCCAACCAUCCAGACUUCGCUCCGCUUGCCGCUUCGUUCAAGAUUCCUUUUCGUCACCUUCCCGUCACGGCUGAGACCAAGACCGAGCAGGAGAACCGUAUUCUGGAACUAGUCAAAGAGCAGAAGAUCGAUCUGAUUGUUCUUGCUCGUUACAUGCAAGUUCUAUCGCCAGCGUUGUGCACCGCUAUGUCCGGCAAGAUCAUCAACAUUCACCAUUCGUUCCUGCCAUCGUUCAAGGGUGCCAAACCAUACCACCAAGCUUAUGAUCGCGGUGUCAAGAUUGUUGGAGCCACAGCCCACUUCGUCACGAGCGAUCUUGAUGAAGGUCCAAUUAUCGAGCAGGAUGUGGUUAGAGUCGACCAUGGCCUAAGUCCAAAGGGUUUGACGACUGAGGGAAGCAAUGUUGAGAGCAAGGUUCUGGCCAAUGCUGUCAAAUGGGUUACAGAAAAGCGAGUCUUGCUCAACGGGCACAAGACAGUCAUUUUCAAUUAGUGAUUACGGUCGAGGCAGCGGCGGUCGGCAUCUCAGAAUUACAAAUUCAAAGUUCAGUUU